AUGAAGGCGCUGAGGGAAGCGAAGGCCGAGCGGGGCCGGCCGCCGCCAUCAUCGUCAUCAUCAUCACCACCGCCGCCGCCUCCAUCAUCACCGCCGCCAUGGCGCCGCGGGCCCGAGGACGAGCAGGACGACGAGGAGGCGGUGAGGGCGGCGAGACACCGGGACCGGGACCGCCACCGCGACCGGAGGCGCCAGGCCAGCAGGUCACCCUCCCGAAAGAAAAUCAAGUCGGAGAGAAGAAGCAGAUCUCCUCGGAAUAAGCGAAGUCGCAGUCCGCACUGCCUGGCCGUCCAAGUGAAGCAGGAGCGGGACGAUGCCCCUCGGAGAGGGCGCGAGGAGCGGCCACCCAGAGACCCGUCCGAGCAGGAGCCCAAGCGGGAGCGGCCCCGGGACCACCCCGCCCGGCGGAAACCCCCCGGGGAACGUCCGGGCGGCGGCCACGGGGCCGGGCGGGCCCGGGAGGCACAGAACUUGCAGGAGCAAGAAGCGGAGAGGGAGCUGUUCAACGUGAGGCGGCGAGAGCACCGCCCGAGGCUUCUUCUGGAGGGCGGCAGCCAGGAGGGCCAAGGGCCGGGGAAGCCCGAGGGCGACGCCAAAGAGAAAGGGCCCCCGGGCAAAGAGAAACCCAGCUUCGAACUGUCCGGGGCCCUCCUGGAAGACACCAACACGUUCCGGGGGGUGGUGAUCAAGUACAGCGAGCCCCCGGAGGCCCGGAUCCCCAAGAAACGGUGGCGCCUGUACCCCUUUAAAAACGACGAGGUCCUCCCGGUCAUGUACAUCCACAGGCAGAGCGCCUACCUGCUGGGCCGCCACCGCCGGAUCGCCGACAUCCCCAUCGACCACCCUUCCUGCUCCAAGCAGCACGCCGUGUUUCAGUAUCGGCUGGUGGAGUACACGCGGGCGGACGGCAGCGUCGGCCGCAGGGUCCGGCCCUACAUCAUCGACCUGGGCUCGGGCAACGGCACCUUCCUGAACAACCAGCGCAUCGAGCCGCAGCGCUACUACGAACUCAAGGAGAAGGACGUGCUCAAGUUCGGCUUCAGCAGCCGCGAGUACGUCCUCCUCCACGAGUCUUCGGACACGUCCGAGGUGGACGCCAAGGAGGAGGACGAGGACGAGGAAGAGGAGGAGGUGUCGGACAGCUAGCCGGCGCGCCGGGGGAACGCGGGGGGUCCCUCCGCACCCCCUUCCCGGUCCCCCGACCCGGAAAGGCGAAGGGAAGAGAGCAGGGCCCUCUCCGAUGACGCCUCUUAUUGCCUUAAGCCUCGUCUCUGGGGCCCUCUCCGGCUCCUGUUACACUUAAAAAAAAAAAACAAAAAAAGAAGAGAACCCAACAACUCCCAACUCCAUCUCUUUGGUUAAAUUUAUUUUCGUCAUCCGCCUCCCCCCCGGCCAGAUGGCCGGGGACGUCUUGCUUUUGAAUAAUCUCCCCGAUGCAGAAAGCACCAGACGUUGCGUCGGCAUUCGCCCGCUCCCCAAAACCGUGGCCCGGGAACUCUCGGGGCUUGUUAAGAGGGGAAAGGGCGGGUUCUCUUCGCACCGUUAACUGAUGGAGGGGGGCGUUGAGGCGCGUCGGCGGUCUCCCCCCCGCUCCGAAUGGAUUAUCGGACGGCGGUCGUAGCGUCCGCCUGACGCCUCCACCUAGGAGGCCUCCCGAAUUCCAGAAACGUCUUGGUUUUGCAAGCCAGUUCCCAGGGAUGGACGUCACACCGUACGACCUCAUGACCGGCCGGCAGCUAACGGGGGCCGACGGCGGCCGCGGGUCUCUCGGCGGCUGGGAGAGGGAAGGCCAAACCGGGCCUUGAGCCCGUUUCUCAAGGCUGCCCGGCUUGGUCCGGGGGCGGUUUUUGCGCCCCGUCUUUCGAGACGCUCCCGUUGUCCAGGUCUGUGGGAGGCACAUGUCAAGGGGUCCGAACGGUCCUUUUUGGGGUAAGCCUGACUAGGUUGCGUUUUUUGUUACAGGAAGAGAUUCAACGGGUAUCUUUUAAAAUCCCUCCGCCUGGGCAGAUCCCAUCUUCUUGGGAAUUUGGGGCUCGGGGGUGGGGAGGGCGUGAAGUGAGGAAGCGACUUUAACUUGUUUACUCCUUUUCCCCCAAAGGGACUCUGUGUAUCUAUGGAAAAAUCUGGUCAGCCAACCUGUGUAGAGUGUGUGUAUUGAGAGAGAGAGAGAGAGAAAGUAUUGUGCGCGUGUGUGUGUAGCUUUGUAUGCUCCCAGGGACACACGGUAGGACUCUUUUUGCUAUGUAAAUACAGUACUGUUUUACCAGCAUAGACAAGGUCGCCCUGAUAUUGAACAUUGGGAUCUCAUUUAUAUAUACUUUGGGAUUUUUCAAAAAAUAAAUCACUUGUAAAAAUA